AUGGAAGUAGCCAAGCAGAAAAAGCAUUUUGUCUUGGUGCAUGGUGCAUGCCAUGGAGCUUGGAUCUGGUACAAGAUCAAGCCCCGCCUCGAGUCCGCCGGGCAUCAGGUCACAGCCCUCGACAUGUCGGCCUCCGGCAUCAACCCGAAGAAACUAGAUGAACUACGUACCCUUUACGACUAUACUCUGCCGUUGAUUGAAUUCAUGGCCUCAGUUCCUCCGAACGAGAAGGUGAUACUAGUUGGGCACAGCCUUGGUGGCUUGAACUUGGCUGUGGCCAUGGACAAGUACCCUGAGAAGAUCUCUGUUGCUGUCUUCCUCGCAGCCUUCAUGCCUGAUUCCACACACACCCCAUCCUACGUUUUAGAUCAGGAUCUUACAUUGGCGAAGACAUUAGUAAGGCCUGGAUCAUUAUUUCUGGAAGAUUUGUCGAAGACAACUAAGUUUUCAACUGAGAGGUACGGAUCAGUUAAGCGAGUUUACGUCAUAUGCAAUGAGGAUAAAGGGAUACCAGAAGAAUUCCAGCAAUGGAUGAUUGAUAACAUUGGAGCAAUGGAGGCGAAGGAAAUCAAAGGCGCAGACCAUAUGGCAAUGUGCUCAAAGCCAGCAGAACUUUGUCAUUGUCUCCUAGAGAUAGCAAACAAGUACGAUUAG